AGCAGCGCAGACACUGCUCCACAGACCACAACCCGCCCAACCCAAGAGAGACAAAACUGCUGCGCUUUCUCACCCAAUACCUGGGAAACUUCUUCAAAAGAUCUGACAGCGACACUGGGGUACCCCAAUUACCACUUCUCAAAGCCUUGGACAGAGGAGACCAACGACCUGUCUCCUGCAUUUCUCCCUCACUCUCCCCUUCUGUCUUUUUCCCAGUAUGGCGGCGUGGGACCUGUCUGUCACCGUGGAGGACCUGGGGCCAGAUGCCCCACCUGUCACCCUGAGCGUGGCCUCUGAACUCCACGUCGGGGGAGUUAUCCUCAAGCUGGUGGAAAAGACACAGAUCAAGCGUGAUUGGUCAGACCAUGCCCUGUGGUGGGAGCAGAAGCAGAAGUGGCUGCUGCGCACAACCUGGACUCUGGAGAAAUAUGGAAUCCACGCCGACGCUCGGCUGUUCUUCAUGCCCCAACACAAGCCCCUGAGGCUGGGUCUGCCCAACGGCAUUACCCUGAGGCUCCGGGCCUGCUUCUCCAGCCCUGUCUUCCAGACCGUGAUGGGCAUCUGCAGGAUGCUCAACAUCCGUCGCCCUGAAGAGCUUUCCCUCCUUCGGCCUGUGGAGGAGAAGAAGAAAAAGAAAGAUAAAGACUUGGCAGUGGAGAUUUACGACCUGACCGAGGUGCCCCUUUCCUCGGUGUCCCGUCCCUGUCUGUACAACGGCAUGCCGGCUCACUUUGCCGACUCAGCUCAGACGGAGGCCAUCUACAAGAUGCUGUCUGUCACUCAGCCUCCCCCCGCCCCCGAGGUCAUAGCCAAGCAGUACCGCCCAGCGAGCGUGGUGGACAAGGCUCACAUCAACGGCAGGUGGUUGGACUCAUCCCGAUCUCUCAUGCAGCAGGGCGUCCAAGAAAAUGAUCGCCUCUGGCUGCGCUUCAAAUACUUUGCCUUCUACGAUAUAGACCCCAAGUACGAUGUUGUGCGUCUGACCCAGCUGUAUGAGCAGGCGCGCUGGGCCAUCCUACUGGAGGACAUCGACUGCACAGAGGAGGAGAUGAUGCUGUUUGGAGCCCUGCAGUACCACGUCAGUAAAGUGGCUCAGUCGGAGCCCCAGAUAGUGAGCUCGAACGCAGCCAUGGACGACCUGGAAUCCGCCUUACAGUCUCUGGAAGUCAAGAUGGAGGGAGAGAGUAGCUCUGCAUCCGAGUUGCUGGAAAAUAUGACGGCACCAGAACUCAAUGACUACCUGAAGAUUUUCAGACCCAAGAGGCUGACUCUGAAGGGAUACAAGCAGUACUGGUUCAAGUUCCAGGACACCUCCAUCUCUUAUUUCAAGAGCAAAGAGGAGAGCAUUGGAGAGCCCAUUCAACAGAUCAACCUCAAAGGAUGUGAAGUGGCUCCAGACGUUAAUGUGGCAGCACAGAAGUUCCUUAUCAGGCUCCUAAUACCAGCACCUGAGGGCAUGAAUGAGGUCUAUCUGCGCUGUGAGAACGAGCAGCAGUACGCUCAGUGGAUGGCUGCGUGUCGGCUGGCCUCCAAAGGCAAGAGCCUCGCAGACAGCAGUUUCCAGAGCGAAAUCCAGAGCAUCCGCUCCUUCCUGGCUAUGCAAAGGACCACCUCCGGUUCCCAUGGCAACGCAGCUGCCAAUGAUGAAAGCAUCAACACUCACAGUCUGGUAUCACCACGCUACCAUAAGAAGUACAAACCCAAACAGCUGACCCCUCGGAUCCUGGACGCGUACCAGAAUGUGGCUCAGCUCUCACUGACAGAUGCAGUGAUGCGCUUCCUGCAGAUCUGGCAGGCCCUGCCUGACUUUGGACUCUCAUACGUUGUUGUCAGGUUCAAGGGCAGCCGAAAAGACGAGGUGCUGGGCAUCGCCCCCAACCGUCUGAUCCGCAUCGACCUGGGGGUGGGUGAUGUGGUCAAAACCUGGCGCUAUAACAACAUGAAGCAGUGGAAUGUCAACUGGGACAUACGACAGGUGGCCAUUGAGUUUGAAGGGAACGUGAACAUUGCCUUCAGCUGCGUGACAGCUGACUGCAAAAUUGUUCACGAGUUUAUCGGAGGCUACAUUUUCAUGUCGACUCGCAGCCGUGAAAAGAGUGACGUGCUUAACGAGGAGCUCUUCCACAAGCUGACCGGCGGCCACGAAGCUCUCUGAGGCUGAAACACACAGACAUUACGAAAUGGAUCCUUCACAGCGCAUCAGAUCACCUGUGUGUCUCUACGGUGGAAAAUCAAAUAGGAUUUUACAUUCGGAGGAUAAGAACAGCACGAGAAAGGAUCAAAAUAACAUAUUCUGUUCAUUGUAAAUGUGUUACAGCCGAGCUUAUCUCUCCAUACACGUACGGAUCUUGCGUUUGCUCUCCACACACAAACACUGUUAUUUGUAAGCUGCAUCAGUGGAUGCCAGACUCAUGUUCAGACAGUUCAAGACUGCAGUGGUUCUCAUGGUGACUUCCCCCUCCCUUCAGGGUGGACUGCUGCUGGGUCAAACCUGGCCUCGGAUCAGCGGGAUCAACAAUCAGACUCACAGAAAUAUAAAAUCAACAUCUGAUUCAGCCAGCUGCAGCUUUUCCUUCCUUUAACCACUUCUAGACUAAAGUCACGCUUUGUCGAGACCUGCAGACUCACGGUCACUGAGACUUGAAUAAUAAGUGAAAGUCACUUUAGAGCAUUCACAGUAUUACCGCUAAGAUAUGAAAAUAAAUGCCGAUACGAAAUGUUCGCCACAAAAAAAACAUAUGAAUAGAAAAGCAAUUACUAAAAUAAAUGUAGUGUUUCACGUUU